GCGUGUUUCUUGUACUAUCAGGUUUCUAUGCUCCAAAGCUUGGAGUCGAGGGGAAGAUUGUCGGGGGGAUCGGAAUUGUAGUGGAGGUGGACAAGGCUUUGUGGCGGGGUUGGAGCAUUGACAGCAAGCAUGGUGGGCUUCGGAGCCCCGCGGCGCACCGGUCGCUUACCGCCCUUUGUGCUGGUUGCGCUCUUAGCUGUUAUCGGUCUUUUGGCCUUUAAUUACUGGAGUGUAUCUGCUCGCCAGGCCGCCCUCCAUGACGAGCUGCUGGGGCUGCAGGCUCAAGUCCAGCGCACUGAGGUGGCACGGAGCCGGCUGGAGAAGCGCAACUCCGAGUUAAUAUUGCAGGCGGACACUCACCGGAGGCAGAUGGAACAGAAGCAAGGGGAGUACCAAGGCCUUGGGGAGCGGCUACAGGCCCGGGAUAUCCAGGCUCAGCGCUGUGAGCUGGAGAAGACUAAACUGCAGAAUAAUGUGUCCCUUCAGAUGGCAGACAUCAGUCGCUUAAAGGAGCAGCUUGCUGAACUGCGCCAUGAGUUUCUGAGACAGGAAGAUCAGUUGCAUGAGUACAAGAAUAACAACACUUUGCUUCAGAAGUCCUUGCAGGAAGAAAGUCAGCAGUGCGCACAACAACUAGCAGAACGUAAGCGUGAAUAUGAGGAAAACCUUACCAAACUAAAGGAGGAACUGGGGAAGGAGCCCAAAAAAGAGGAGGAAGAAGGAGGUGCUGUUGAGAAAAAGAUUCCCCCAUUAGCCAGUGAGGUGAAAUUAAAGGUAGAGGAUCCUUCAAGUAACCGCCUGCCUUAUGCACAAGAUGGUGUCAAACCUGACAGUGAUGCUGGAAUGCCAGAAAUAGAGGACAAUCGGCCAGCUAAAGAAGGUUUAACAAUCAAGGAUAUAUCUGUCUGAAAGAGCAUCAAGUAAAGAUCAGUGAAGUCGCUGAGGUACUGAUGCAAGCCCUUUCUGUGUUGAAUGGACUGAUGCCGAUGGAUAAGGACCUGCACAAAUGCCAUCAAAGAAUUCUUUUGGGUGAAUAAAUAGAAGUUUUAACUGGGCCCUUUUUCAUUGGGUUGUAAAGAGGGGACAAUUUUAAGGAAUAUGCUCAUGACUCCGCUUCCAUUAAGAUUCUUUUUGGGUUCCAGGCUCGGCUGACCAGAUAAUGAAUUCUGCACACUGGUGCCUAAACUGUACAGAAAACCAGGCUUAACGAAGGAGAAAUGGUCUCCUGCGUCCGUUACACUGAAAUCUCUAGCUGUGCUUACCUUCAUUCUGACAGUGAUGCUUUACCCAUUUACGGUUAUUGCCAUGUUAUUUAUAAAAGUUUUCAGAUAUAGAAUCUACAGUAUUUAAGAUCAUAUUUAGGACUUAACUAAUUGGGUGGGGAAACAAGGGUAGGUGUUAUAAGACCAUAUCUUCCUCCGCAAGCAGCACAGCCAAGUUACCAGUGUCACUUAAUCUAUUUGUAUAUUACUUGUAUUUUGUAUGUAAUUGUGUAAAUAGAAUGACAAGGUGUGAUUAGUAUGUGAUUUGCACUCCCUUUGUCUUAAAGGGCCAGUUUAGUCUAUUUGAAAUGACAGAAGGUUUGUGUUAGCGUAUGUAUAUAUAGAAAUCUCUAUGAAGAAGCUUUGGGCUAGGCCAAGAUUGGCACUAGUAGUUGCACACCCUCUGAUGUGUGAACGUGCCAGGAAUUUUUUUUUUUGAAUAGGACCUAAUGCUCCAUCCGAGAGUGCGGUUUCUGUAUGCUAGUCAUAGCACAUCCACCUACCCGCAAUUUCUAUUUUCCAUGUGAGAAAAUGCCGAAGAUAUGUCGGAAUUUAAAAUUGGAAACCUGAUUGAGAUCGCCGUUUGGCAGGCCCAAAGUAAAAUUGUUUCUUCUGUUUGCUACGUGUUCUAGUCACAGAGCCCUUUAUGAAGUGUUACCACCAGCUUCUAUGCAGUUAGCAGGGUUCUCUGGUUCAUUACCUGGAUAUUCCAUACAGUUUCCUAUGAAGUCAGAGCCUUUCAUUUUAAUAAGAAUGUAACACUUAAGUACUUUACACCCCCCGUAGAUUCUUGAACUGUUCUGGUGUAUAAAUAAUGGUGUUGCCUCCUUUUUCUACUGACCGGAUCUCUCUCGCCAAUGUUGUAUUCCUUUCUUGCACCCAGCCAGUGCUGUGGCCCAUUUAUAUGAGGCACUACAAAUAAAGGUGAUAGAAAGGG